CUGAAAGACUGGUCGUCCCAUCAGUGACCAUGGACGCGAGGGUGUACAUCUGUGCUCCAAAGCAAUACAUGGAGAAGCUGAAUGAAAUUGGCGAAUGGGACCAUGGGCUUUUCAUCAAGAGGUUGAAUCCCUAUGUAACCAUAGACACCCUUGAGUCUUACUUUGAGAAGUGGGGGACAGUGAUAUUCUGUGACGUUAAAACGGAGUGUACCUCUGGCUUCCCCAGGGGCCUGGCCUACGUGGGCUUCUGUAGUGAGGAGGAGGCGGAUGCGGCCGAGGCGGCCGGACCUCACAAGCUGGCCGGCAUGGAGGCAGUCGUCAAGAGGGUCAUCAGUCCCAAGGUUAGGCAUACAGUAGAACAGAAAAAAGUCAAAUGGAUUGUGUACAGAAGUUGUGAAUAA